AUGGUGGUCUGGAGUAACAAUGAUACUAUGGAGCCUAUAUUUAUUCUGAAGGGUUUUCCUGGACUAGAGUAUGUUCAUUCCUGGCUCUCAAUCCCAUUCUGUCUUGCAUACUUGUUAGCAUUUAUUGGUAAUGUUAGCAUCCUCUCUGUCAUUUGGACAGAGUCUUCCCUCCAGCAGCCCAUGUAUUACUUUCUUUCCAUCUUGGCACUAACUGACCUAGGUUUGUCCUUGUCCACACUUCCCACCAUGCUUGCUGUGUUAUGUUUGGAUGCUCGGGAGAUUCGGGCAAGUGUUUGCUAUGUUCAGCUCUUCUUCAUCCAUACAUUCACAUUCCUGGAGUCCUCAGUGCUGCUGGCCAUGGCCUUUGACCGUUUCAUUGCUAUCUGCCGUCCACUGCACUACACCACCAUCCUCACCAACAGUGUAAUAGGCAAGAUUGGUUUGACCUGCUUGCUAAGAAGCAUGGGAGUUGUACUGCCCACACCUUUGCUACUGAGACAGUAUCACUACUGCCACAUCAAUGCCCUCUCCCACGCCUUCUGUUUGCACCAGGAUGUUCUGAAACUAUCCUGCUCGGAUGCCAGCAUCAACAGUGUUUAUGGACUGUGUGUAGUUAUUGCCACACUGGGUGUGGAUUCAGUCUUUAUACUUCUUUCUUAUGCCCUGAUUCUGAAGGCUGUGCUGGGCAUUGCAUCUCGUGAAGAACAGCUAAAGGUACUCAACACAUGUGUAUCCCAUAUCUGCGUGGUACUCAUCUUCUUUGUGCCAGUUAUUGGGGUAUCAAUGGUCCAUCGCUUUGGGAAGUAUUUGUCUCCCAUUGUCCACAUCCUCAUGGCUGACAUAUAUCUGCUUCUCCCCCCAUUGCUGAACCCUGUUGUCUACAGUGUCAGGACAAAGCAGAUUCGUCUAGGAAUUCUCCGCAAGUUUGGACUAAGGAGGAAGCUUUAA